AUGGCGCAGGUGUGGGCGGUGUCCCUGGCGGUGGCGUCGCUCGCCAUCGGCAUGCUCGGGGUGCUCGGCGUCUGGCUCUGCUACCUCUUCGACGCCGUGGCUCGAGGCCGCGCUCCCCGGACCCCGCCGCCCACGCCCCAGACGUCGGAAGAGGAGGAGGAGAAGGGCGGCAAGAAUGGGCUCUCGGAGGCGGAGCUGAUGCGCCUCGGCGGGGUCGCCGUGCUGGAGUCCACGGACAGAGGGGAGGAGGAAGAGGAGGAGGCGGAGGCGCUCUGCCCGAUCUGCCUCGACCCCAUGGAGCCCGGCCGCGCCGUGCGCGUGCUCCCCGGCUGCAACCGCGCCUUCCACAAGGACUGCGUCGACCAGUGGCUCGCCAUCUCGCCCCGCUGCCCUGUCUGCAACGUCUAG